AUGCCGACCCUGCGGCUCGUCGCCCUGGGGCUGCUCCUGGCGCUGGAGCCUGCCUCGUGUCAGGAAGCCCGGGGCAACCUCCAGCCGUGGUCGCAAGGCGUCAUCGCAGUGGUUGUGUUCCUUGUCCUGGUGGCCAUUGCUUUCACGGUCAAUAAGCUCUGGUGCAAGGAGAAAGAGGAAAACGUUGAGGCAGUGGUGAGCAUCGGAGACAAGCAUGAAACUGUCCUCUCCAACGGCCAUGAAGGGAGAUAUGUAACAACAGCAGCGGACUUCAGGUCCAAAGAAAGUGAGCAUACCUACGAGAACUUUGUGGAGCCUGAGGAGAAGGUGGUCACCACCGCAAUGUAG